AUGGCUCCUGUACACGCCGCCCUCCUCCUCCUCGCCGUGCCUCUCCUCGCUUCAGCACAAGACACGCCCUCUGCGACAUCCCCACCCUUCCCGCUCGACAGCAACGGCGAAGCCCACUUCAACAUCCCCGUCGUCGUCAAACUAGCCGAUCUGAAUGCCGCUGCGCCACCGCUGCACCGCCGCGCUGACGACUCCCUACCCUCCUCCAACACUCCCAACCCCGAGUCGCCCCCCGCGCCCUUCCACGACGCAAACGCCAAAAUCGACCUCGCGCCUCCCGCCCUCGUCGAACCCGCCUGGGAAGUCCUACACCAAGGCUCCGACAGCAGCGAUAGCGCCAACAACCCCUCCCUCCUCCCCCGCCAAGAAGCCCAACCCUUCGUCACGCACACCGUCCUCCUCGUCGAGACGACCGGCACCGCCACCAGCACCGUGACGGAGCCCUGCAACGACACCUCCACGACCGCCGACGCCAUCACAGCCAGCAUCCCCGAGAACGCCACGACAGCAGCAGCAGCAGCAGCAGACAACACGACGACAACGAAGGGCCACCUGCCCCCCGCGCCCAUGAACCACACGAGCUUCCCACUGCGCAACGGCACGGAUGGUAGCUUGCCGUGCAACAGCACAGGGUGGGUUAGGCCGAGCGCGACGGGCGCGAGGCCCAGUAGCGGGACGGGCGGGCCGAUGAACCCCGUGAAUGUGGGCGGGAACAACAAGGGGCCGCUGGGGUCGACGGGUGCGGCGGCGAGGGUGGGCGGGUCGAUGACCUUGGUGGUGGCGGGGGUUGUUGCUGCUGCUGUGGCUGCUUUUGCGCUGUGA